GCGUCAUGUCGCCAUAAUCGGUGCUCCUAAUCUGCAUGUGAUUGUCGCGGAUUGUUUAUUCUGUCGGCGUUUUCGAACUUCGGGCAAUAUAUCCAAAUUCGACGACGACGAAGCUAAGUUUAAAUGAUUUGGCUAAAAAGGAAGUUGGAGGCUACGGAAACGGAAUUCAUCCGAUAUGCUGCCUUGUGGGUUACCGACCAAUGCGGCGAGCCACAACUUCAACGAUAAGACUGAGGAUCUCCAUGUCUCGCCCCUGAAGGAGCAAGGUCUCGCCCGGAAGCCUUUGGACCCCGACAGUCACCCGAAAGGGUGUCACCUUGGAGGAUCUCCCUCCCCCUUGCAUGAAGAAGCAACACUUUGGGAUUUGGUCCUGCCGUGAGGAGGAGGAGGGGAGGAGGAGGAGGGUGGUGGUGGGUGGUGAGGCCCCCCGCCAGGCAGCCAUGGGGCGGAGUGGGCGUCGUCACCGGGCGGCGGUGGGGGGCAGCAGCAGCAGCAGGUAGUGGGCGGUGGUGGCACUAUGUCGCACCACCUGGAGGAGGAGGACCACGACAACGAUGACAUCGAGCGGGAACUCUAUCAACUCGGCCUCUCCGAUGUCCCUCCGCCCCCUCCCCCGGCGCUCCGCGGGGCCGUCCCUUGGCCGCCGCCUUCCGCCCGCAGCCUCUCCGCCCCAGCGAUCCAGGAGGACUCGCUCCAGGACCCCUCCGUGCCGCCACACAGUCCAAGACCUCCGCCGGGAGGCUACCGAGACCCGGCGCAGCAUGGCUUUGGUCCGGCUCAUCUCCUCCUCCACCAUCACCAUCACCAGAUCCUCCAGCAGCAUCACCAACAGCCGCCGCCACAUCAUCUCCACCAUCAUCAUCAUCAUCUUCAGCAUCUUCACCACCAUCAGCCGCAGCAUCCGCCGCCGCAGCAGCAGCCGCAGCAGCAGCCGCAGCCGCAGUUGCAGCCGCCGCAGCAUCACCACAACCCUCUCGUCCACCUCGGAGGAGGUCAUGUGUCCGGGCAGCCGGCCCCUUUGACGCAGCAUAACCCCUUAGGAGCCAUAGGAGGAGCCACUCACAGCACUGCCAUUAGCCACGUGGGCGGAGUGGGAGUGCGGAUGGGAUUGUGGGCCGCUGAGCGACCGCCACCGCCCACGCAUCGCAGCCUUACGGACUUGGCGACGGGUAAUCCGGGCCACAACCUCCCCCAUAAUCCCAUUCGCACCACGACGCCCGGGAUUAGUUUAUAUAAUGGUGGCCUUAGUACUACUGCCCUUGCGUCUACUGCCGGAACUGUAGGAGGAGGAGGAGGAGGAGGAGCUGUAGGAGCUACAGGUGGAGGAGGAGGAGGAGGAGCAAUAGGAGGUGGGGAGGAGGAGAUGAUGACGUGGUGGGAGGAGGAGGAAGAGGAGCCCUCCCACCGGAGUUUCAAGUGACGUC